ACCUGUCGGUUAUAAGUAGUGAAGGAGAGAGAGGAGGUGGGCACUUUUUAUUAUCUAGCCAACGAGCCUGAGCUCCAUCCUGAGAGUGUUAGGGGAACUUCUGAAGAGCUUUAAGUGGACAAUCAAAGGGUAUCUUGCUGUGAGUUCUGUAUCAGAGGUCAUUCUAACAAAGUGCCAUGAACCAGCGGAGGCAGUGAAGAAGCAAUUGCAGCUGGCCAGAUGAUAAUCUAAAGAGGGUUUAGUAUCCAUACUAUGUGUUUAUUCUAGCAGCUACAUUUAUUAUAAUUACCCACUUUCUGGUCAGUAUCGCUUCCACUUAGCUGUCAUCCUCUUUAAGACACUUAGUCUUUUGUAGGAUCAGUAUACAGCACAUUCUAGCUACAUAAUAUUUCUUGAGUGAACUAUGUAGAACUAAUAUGACAUGCAGCUUAUUUUGUCAUUUUAUGGCAAAGUCUAAGAGUUGGAGUCUUACUGACUUUUUUAGUGUAAUAAAUGCUUUAUUGUCAUGUGAUUAUCUCACAGGGAGAAGAGAAAGUUUGGCAAAAUUUAAAUGCUAUUCUAGGUAUGGAGAAGAGUAGGGAAAAAGUAUGAUGGUUCCUCAAAACUUUGAAAAUAGAAUUGCCAUAAGAUCCAGCAAUUGUACGUGUGUGUGUAUAUGUAAAAGAAUUAAAAACAGAGACUCCAAAAGAUAAGUAUACACUUCAGUGGAAGCAACAUAAGUGGCCCAACAAAUGAAUAAAUAAACUGUGGCCCAUAUACAUAGGAGAGUAUUAUUUAGCAAUAAUAAGGAAGGAAAUUCUGACGCAUGAUACAACAUGGAUGAACCUUGAGGCUGUUAGAUGACGUGAAUUAAGCUACACAGAAAGGGACACAUACCAUGUGAUUAUACUUAUAACUAGCCUAAUCCACUCCAUAGGGACAGAAGCUGAAUGGUGGUUGCCAGGGAUAGGGUAUAGGGACUUGUUUAAUGAGCACACGAAUUUCUGUUUUGUAAUAUGAAAACAUAAUGAUAAAUACUACUGAAGUCUAUAUUUUAAGAAGUUAAAAUGGUAAGUUGUAUGUUUUUAUAUUUUACCACGAUUAAAAUGCUUAAAUAAGUAUGAAGAAAAGGCAAAUAACAAACACAUAAAAUGAAGAGCCAAGUGUUUUACACAUUAAAUUCUAUAGUUUUACAUGACCAAAUCUGAACUCCUUUCUUAGCCCUGAAACCCUGAAGUUCACCUUCAGAACCCCUGGGGAGAGCAGACCUUUGCUUGAUAAAUUUAGACCCAAGUCAAAUGUUGCUUCCCUUGUGAGCAGUCUAGGCCUGACUCCAUUUUGUUUUUGUGGUGCUGGGGAUGGAGCCUGGGGCUUCACUCUAGGAAAGCACUCUACCACUGAACUAUACCCCCAAGCUCCGUUUAGCCAUCUUUUUGACUAUCUGGACAACCUCCCUCCUGAUUUUUCCAGAAGCACUGUGCAAAGACUCUAGGAAGAAUAAACCUUGCUUGUUGAUGAGGAAACUUUCCAACCAGUGGGCCAGGACUCAAGUAUAUUGAGCAGCUUGCAACCUCAUCAUUGUAACGUGAUUGUUUGACUUUCCCAAGAUCUGAAGCAGACACUUCAGACACAAGUGUUCAACAAUUGAGGCUGUAAAGAUGUCUGACAAAACCAAGAUCGCUGCUAGAGCUUCCCUUAUUGAACAACUUGUGUCCCAAAGGAAUUUUGAGGAUCUUGGCAACCACCUUACUGAGCUAGAAAUGUUUUAUGUGACUAAGGCACAUCUCCAAGAGACAGAUGUGAUCAGAGCUGUGUACCGAGUCCUCAAAAACUGCCCCUCCGUGGCUUUGAAAAAGAAAGCCAAGUGUUUGCUUUCAAAGUGGAAAGCUCUUUAUGAGAAUACAUACUUUAAACCAAGGGACAGCCUUAAAUCAAUCCAUUCAGAUGGUAAUAAAGAAGAACAUGCAGGACUUUCUCAAGACCUGAGCCAGGAUAAGAUCUUAGAGCUCUGUAGUUCUAACUCUCUGCUACCAUCCCAAGCUGUUUUAAACCCCACUGAAAUAACUGUGCCUGAAAAUAGUGCUGCUCAAGUGGAAGCUAAGGAAGAACAGUUCAGAACUGGUGACCCUAAAUCCGCUGGCAAGAAAUCAAAUGGGUUUCAGGAUCCAACAAUGCCUAUGAGAACUAAAUGUGUAGAGCUCCUUUACACAGCGUUAAGUGGUUCUUCCACAGAUCAGCCCAAAGAUGAUGCGUGGCAAAAUUUUGCAAGAGAAAUUGAAGAGCAUAUUUUUGCCCUCUAUUCAAAGAACAUCAGAAAAUACAAAACCUGUGUCAGAAGCAAAGUUGCCAAUUUGAAGAACCCCAAAAAUGCUCACUUACAACAAAACUUGCUCUCUGGAACCAUGUCUGCAAAACAGUUUGCUGAAAUGACUGUCAUGGAGAUGGCAAACCAGGAACUGAAACAGCUCAGAGCUUCCUACACGAAAUCCUGUAUCCAGGAUCAUUACCUUCCCCAAGUGAUUGAUGGCACACAGACAAAUAAAAUAAAAUGUAAACGCUGUGAGAACUACAACUGCAAGGUGACUGUAAUUGCCAGAGGAACACUUUUCCUUCCAAGCUGGGUGCGGAAUUCGAAUCCAGAUGAACAGAUGAUGACUUACGUUAUUUGUAAUGAAUGUGGGGAGCAAUGGUACCAUAGCAAGUGGGUGUGCUUGUGAUUAUAAAUGAAUAUUUCCUUAAUAUAUACCCUCAGGCAACAUGUGAUACACACACACACACACACACACAUCCCUUUGUGCUUGUUUUUUAAGAUCUUUUAUCUGCCAUUCUUGAAACAAACUUAAGAUUGUUUGCCACAGUAGAUACCACCAACGUUAAAAGUGAUCA